GCCCGUCUAUGAUGUUCACAUUACCUAGUGAGAUACAGAUGAUACACGAGCAAUAUAAUUUUGGAGUGUGAAAAAUAUCAUGAUCCUUAUAUUUUGCUUCAGAUUCACAUUCAUGUUCAUCUUGUUGCAAUAAUUCGUCUAUGUUUUUACAUUCAGGUAACAUCACCUUCAUCAUAACGACUUCAAAUUCCAUCGUCUUCCUGAGCAGCAAAGAUUUUUGGAUACUUGUGACACAAAGUCUCAAAAUCCCACGCACAAUCCUCCUCACGCUUCUUCUUCUUCUUAGGAAUUUCGCAAAAAUUUUAGACUUCACUUUCAAGUCACCCCCAGUUGUACUAAACUACGCUCUACUUCAACGAACAACAUUUUGUUAUCACACAGAGUUGACUUUUUCUUGCUAACCAAGUAUAACUUUCUUCUUCGUUUUCGUACAUCACAGAUUGGGGUCCUGGGAUGUCUUCUCUUCAGUAGAAGCCAUUCCACGAUCUUUUAUUCUGUGUCGUCCAUUGUAAAUGGUUUUCUGCUGUGUAGCCAGCUCAAAAGGUCAACAACAAGUAUUCAAGCCGCUCACAGGCGAAGAUUUGGUACUAUUUUAUGAUCUGUUUUCUGUUUCGACCGUUCGAGAUAUUUUCGAUUGUGAAAAAAUAAGAAAGGAUAAGAAAUAAAUGCAUAUGGAUUUUUUUUGAUCGUGUCCAAAUUUUUUUCAUACACAAACUCCCCUCAUACAUUUCAGGUAAAAAUGCAACAAUUCUUGGAGAAGGUUCCUAUCUUCCGGUCCUUGUCGACCACGGACCGCGAGGCGAUCUCGAAGUCCAUGCACCGCGUCAAGUUCAAGAAGGGAGACAUCAUCUUCAACCAGGGCGAUCAGGGCAAUGCGUUCUACGUUAUUGCCGAGGGAUCUGCCAGCGUGCUCGUCCGCAAGAGCACUUUCAUCAAGGUACCUGGAUGGAAGCAGUUGUGUUAUUUAGAUUGCUGUGUCAGCUCAGUGCCAACGCUGGUUUGGAAAAUCAGAUUGGAGACACAUGACAUGACAUAACAUCGAGAAACUAAUUUCUUUAGAAAGAUCAUUGGUCUAGAAGCCAAGAACUUCUCAAUUUGUUUCUAUAAUGAUCAUCCAAUUACAAUUUCCUCCUCUUCUUCCAGGUGAACGACUUCGUCCAGCUCUCCGUUGAACUGAUCUUCGCUGGUCAGUCCGUCCCACCGGGAACCAUAGCUCGUGUCGACAAGUACGAUCCGUCACGUGAGUACCCGUACACCAUCCGUCUGCAAGGCCCGAAGUGGGAUGGUCAGCGUGGUCGCGUCAUGCCCGAUGAGAUCGAACCCAAGGAAGGCCAGCCGGAAGCCGCUCACGUCGCUACCCUGAAAGUUGGUAGAUGAAAUCGUAGAUGAUUCAGUCGUGUGAAAAACUUGAACAUGAUUUAUGUAUGUGUACCUAGUUCUUCCAUGAGCGGGAGUCCUGAAAAUUUAUAUAUAUAUAAGAAACUGAUUUUCUUACCUUUAUUGGUGCUCCUUCGCCUUCGGGUCGUGCUCGUGUCAAAAAACUAACUCUCUCCUCUCCUCACACCCUCUAGGUGACUACUUUGGUGAACAGUCUUUGCUCCGUGGUAAGCCGCGUAACGCUACCAUCAAGGCUGCUGAUAACCUUGAGUGCGCUGCCAUUGACUCGUCCUUGUUCGAGAAGCUGGACCUCGGUUCUAAGCUGACCUUCGCCAAGCGUAAGGCCCUCCAGGCCCAUGAUGGCGAGCGCAAGGAGAAUGUUGAUACCGAGAAGAACGAGACUGAGAUGCGCCUCAUCCUUGACGGUGUGUUGAACAACAAGAAGCUCACCGAAAUCGUCGAGUUCUCCGAACAGGACUUAGAAGCCAUGGUUUCUGCCGCCUACCGCAUCAAGUGCGCGCCGGGUAUGCUGUUUGUCUUGUAUCUAUAACUACAAUGUAUGAAGAUGAAAAGCUUUCAACAAGGAAGCACGCGACACUACGUGUUUCUUCUUGUGAAAACUGCAAUUUGGCGAAUAAGACGUGUCAACUGAGGACGAAAUAUGAUAUGUCAUGUUUGUUCUGCGUUUCUUGCAGUAGGUUUUCUACUACUUCUUAGGUAAUGAUUUCUUUUCUUCAACUUACUUCAACUACCUUCUUGCUUUCCAGGUGACGUUGUCAUCAAGCAGGGGGAUAUCCAGGCUGAGGAGUUCUACGUCGUUUCCACUGGUUCGUUCGAGGUCUCGAUUGAUCACGGUGACGACUCCGCUUCCAAGGUUCACGCUGCUCAGGUUGUCGGCACCCUCAGCACCGGCGCCUCCUUCGGUGAGCUCGCUCUAUUGUACCAGGCUCCGCGUGCUGCCACGGUUACCUGCAAGACCGCUGGUCACCUCUUCGCGAUCGAUCGCUUCACCUUCAAGGACACCCUGCGUAAGGCGAACGAGGCCCGCUCCGCUGGUUUCAUGAAGAUCCUCGAUUCUAUCCAUCUCUUCGACUGCUUGCUUGCCGAGGAGAAGGAGCAGCUCUCCCAGCACUUGGUCGAGACCCAUUACAUCAUGGGCGAGACCAUCAUCAAGGAAGGUACCUACUUUUUAGUUCAAGUUAAGAUGUGGAAGAUGUUUUUUUUCAGAAGAGAACAAACAUUCUUUUUCUUUUUAGUAGAACGAUGAAGGUUAGCGAAAAUUGUAGUUGUGUAUGAGCUUGACAUAAUUGGUUUCCUACUAGCAGUGCUUUCUGCUACGUCGACGUCGAAGAGUCACGACGAUCUAGACUCAAAUAUUAAUGUCUUUCUUUACUUCAGAAACUGAAUAUCAGGUGAGAACGGCAACGCAUUCUACAUCUUGAAGAAGGGUCAAGUCGCGUUCACCAAGAAGGACGAGAAGGGUGAAGAGAAGGUUGUCUCGCACAUGGAUUCCGCCAAGCCCACCGAAAAGGGCUGCUACUUCGGCGAGCGCUCGCUGUUGAAGAGCGAGAAGCGCGCCGCAACUGCUCGCGUGACGAGCACCGAGGCCUCCGCGUUGGCCCUGUCGAAGGAACGAUUUGAGGAUCUCCUCGGUCCGCUCGCGGACUUGAUCAAGGCACAGGAGCAGGGCGAAGUCCGUCAGGGCAAGGCUGGUGGCGCUGCUGUGGCUAAGGAGCGUGACAUGAAGACCAUCAAGCAGAGCGACUUGAAGAAGCUCGCGCUCCUCGGUUGCGGUGGAUUCGGUGCCGUCACCCUCCAGCAGCACAAGACCACCGGUGAGUGCUACGCCGUCAAGGCCCUGUCCAAGGGUCACAUCGUCAAGACCAAGAUGCAAGCAGGUACCAUGCGUGAGAAGACCAUCUUGGCCUUGUGCGACUCUAUGUUCGUCGUGAAGCUGUUCGCUACCUACAAGGAUGACCAGUACUUGUACUUCGUCCUCGAGCCGGCGAUGGGUGGUGAACUUCAUGCAACCUACCACAAGAUGCGCUUUCACGGUGACGGCAAGAAGGCCAGGUACUACGCGGGGACGGUCGUCUUCUGCUUCGAGCACUUGCACGAGCGCAACAUCUUAUACCGAGAUUUGAAGCCGGAGAACUUGCUCCUCGACCACAAGGGUAACUGCAAGAUCACGGAUAUGGGUCUCGCCAAGGUCACCGCCGGAAAGACCUACACCACUUGCGGAACCCCGGAUUACUUCGCGCCGGAAGUCAUUCAGCAGGCCGGUAUUUGAUAUAAUAUAUGUAGAAUUACGUAGAACAAACAUGCAGAUUCUAAAGCUGUAGUGUUGUAGUUUGAUCUAUUGAUGAAAAUGUUUUUUUCCAACCUGUCCUCUAUUUAUCAUGUCAUUCCUCGAUUUUUGUUUUAUUUUAACAAGUACCUAAAAAAAGUACUAAUUGUAAUCGCGACCUCGAUGACAUCAACGACAGGUAUGGGCAAGGGUGUCGAUUGGUGGACUCUUGGUGUGCUCGUUCACGAGUUGAUGUCAGGCCACGCUCCAUUCGAGGCGAACGAUCCUAUGGAGACCUACCAGAAGAUUGUCCGCGGUGUCUCCCGAGUUCGCUUCAUGUACCGUGACUCCGAUGCUGUCGAUCUGGUCAAGAACAUGCUGAAGCAUCAGCCGGCUGAUCGUCUGCCAAUGCGCGUUGGUGGUACCAAGAACAUCAAGCAGCACCCGUGGUUCUCUGGCUUUGACUGGGCAUCACUCUCCGUGCAGAAGAUGACCCCGCCGUAUGUGCCGAACGUGAAGGGCCCAACCGACAGCAGCAACUUCCGCGCCUCUGAGGCCGACCUGCCGCCGCAAAUCCCAUACAAGGACAACGGAGCCAACUGGGACAAGGACUUCUAAGGGGACGUCUUCUUUGUAAAGAUAGAAAAAAGGAAGAUGAUACUCGUAUUUUGAUUUUGAUUUUUGCUAAUAUCGAUAUCAAUAUGUUGGUAUUCUUCAAGUCGCCAAGAAAGAUUAAUGGACAACAAGUAAUUUUUCUUGGUACGAAAGGAUGAGGUAGCACUAGUGGUUUUUUCGGUCGUGGUGUCACAAGGGAUAGAUGAAAUCGUGUACAGAAACAAAAGCAGAAUGUGACGCCACACCGUAACGCGCAAACACAGGAGGAGGGGAAACCGCGCCACAUUAUCCUUACUUCCGACGUUUUCUAUCCGAUAUACGAAAAUGAAAACCAAAUGUUGUUGAGAACUGGUAGUCAUUUGAAAAUUGUUUUCUGAACCUGAAGUCGAUUAAAAUUCGAAGAAAAAUGCACUCUUCUAGGGUCGGCAAGGGAGCCGAACGAUAUUUUCGCUAUUAAAUAUAGUCACAAGGGACCAUGAUGUAGAAUGAAAAUAAUUAUGAGUGUACUAAUAGGUGGAUGUUGUUGUAUAAUGUUGUAAGUAUGAAUUUGUAAUUGUUCUUAUUAUAUGUAUAAUGAAGGACGAUCAUCAACAUCUUCGUCAUCUCCCAAUGACAUUUUUAGCGCUUUUACGUACGAAGAGUGGUAGCUCGUCGAAAAAAACAUUAUGAAUCGAACGCAGAGGCGCAAUUAGCGUUCCUUACCUUGUACAUAUCAGGAUUUCUCUCGAAAUUCAAAUUGGUUUAGUUCUUUGUCGCAAAUUUUCAGGGACUAAAACGAGUAGAUACAUCAUGAUGGGAAAACAUAAGUAGUUUUUACUGUAGAGAAAAAUACAAUCUUACAAAUCAUCUUCAUCAAACACGUGAAAGGAAAUAUGAUAAUCGUGAUCUAGCAGCAAGUCGGAGAUCAUUCAGAACAGUAGUCGGGCUUGACUUCGCUCGAAAAUGAACUGGUGCAAGAGACAGCACGAGUACUAGAAGGGAGGAGAUGCAGGAGGGGGAUUAAGAGAGGCGCGGUGGCCAUGAUUACAGCAGAAGAAUCGCCGAGGUGGAAUUUCUACUUACGCACGCAACGAACAAGGAACUAAUUAGGUAGGAAGGAUGAUAAUCCACGACUCAAGCUUGGUAAAAAGUCACAUCUUCAAGUGUGAAGAUAGACUGAUCACUAUGGAGUUACUAGUCUGCUUCAUCCUCGUCUACGAAAUUAGUUUUUUCUUUUAGGAUGCAUACUUACAUGCAACUACGGGCGGCCACCGGCGAGCUGGAUUACAUAGUGCUGAUUAUAAGAUCCACAUUCAUUCUUUCAUAGAUUAUCAUCGAAUUGCAGAACUAGAACGUGAAAUAGGGGUGCAGAAAAGAAAAGCCCGUGAGAAGACGUGAAAGUAGUCGGGUAGGGCAUUGGCUGACUAGAUAGUAAGCGGUCGAAUUUUUCUAUUCUUAGUCUUUCCUGAUUAGAUGCAGAAGCAGAAUAGACUACGACUAGCGGCGCACAUCAACAUACGCAAUAUCGGAGGGUAUUGGUAUUGAUAUUGGUACAGGUCAUGGUGGAGGUGGAUGAAGAUCGGACUACCUGAACAAGCUGAUGUUGGGACGCACGUUGCAUGACCAUCUUUGCUAUUCAUUGUGAAAAUGCACUAAUAUAUCCUUCACGGACAACUAAAAAAUUGGCGCAUUGUCACGCUGAGGCCCUGAAUCCCCAAAACAAGUACUGAAAUGCUGAGAAAACGCAGACAGAUAUUAAGAUUGAAAAUAAUAAGACCGCCGAUGAGUAGGUAGAAAAAUUAGUGAUAGAGUAAGAAAAAUGUCUACGCUCAUAUAUCUGGUGCCGAAUGCGAAUACGGUAUAAUUAUAAUAGAUGAUCAUGUAGUUGUAGUUUUUAGACAGAUUGUGUUCUACGUCAGUCUCCUCGGUCUCGUUUCCGCAGGGAUGAAGUCGGUCGAUCGCAGGCCAUUGGCUUACCUUUUUUUUGCUCGC